AUGGCAGCCACCGCCACCACGAGUUUCUCUACUCUCUCAAAGCCUUCUCUUUAUUCAAACGCUAACUCUCAAAUACCCCAAAAGGCCCCUGUUUUUCUCCUCCCCAAAACCCUUCAAAAACCUUGCCUUUCUCACACUACCCACAAAACCCACAUCAGCCUUUCCUCUAAAAAUCCAAUCUCUGACCUUUUGUCAAAAGAAAAAAGGAGCCCAGAUGAUUUUUCUUCUUAUUUCGAUGAUGAUGACGAUAAGCCUCGUGAAGAGUGUGGUGUUGUGGGUAUCUAUGGUGACCCAGAAGCUUCACGUCUUUGCUAUUUAGCCCUUCAUGCUUUGCAACAUAGAGGUCAAGAAGGAGCUGGUAUUGUUGCUGUUAAUGAAAAUAAGGUUUUGCAAUCUGUUACUGGUGUUGGUUUAGUCUCUGAGGUGUUUAAUGAGUCAAAACUUGACCAAUUACCUGGUGAUUUAGCCAUUGGUCAUGUUAGAUAUUCAACUGCUGGGGCUUCGAUGCUAAAAAAUGUGCAACCUUUUGUUGCUGGUUAUAGGUUUGGUUCUGUUGGGGUUGCGCAUAAUGGGAACUUAGUGAAUUAUGGGAAAUUAAGGGCUUCGCUUGAAGAUAAUGGUUCAAUUUUCAAUACUAGUUCUGAUACUGAAGUUGUUUUGCAUUUGAUUGCUACAUCAAAGACUAGGCCUUUCUUUUUGAGGAUUGUUGAUGCUUGCGAGAAGCUAGAAGGGGCUUAUUCUAUGGUGUUUGUUACCGAGGAUAAGUUGGUUGCUGUGAGGGACCCUUUUGGUUUUAGGCCUUUGGUGAUGGGAAGGCGGAGUAAUGGUGCUGUUGUGUUUGCUUCUGAGACAUGUGCUCUUGAUUUGAUUGAGGCCACAUAUGAGAGAGAGGUUUAUCCUGGUGAGGUUUUAGUGGUGGAUAAAGACGGGGUUCAAUCUCUUUGCCUAAUGCCCCACCCUGAACCGAAACAGUGCAUAUUCGAGCAUAUUUAUUUUUCUUUGCCUAAUUCAGUAGUAUUUGGUAGGUCUGUUUAUGAGUCAAGGCAUGUUUUUGGGGAAAUACUUGCUACCGAGGCUCCUGUUGAUUGCGAUGUGGUGAUUGCUGUCCCAGAUUCCGGGGUGGUGGCUGCACUUGGUUAUGCAGCGAAAGCAGGUGUCCCUUUUCAACAAGGGUUGAUAAGAUCUCAUUAUGUAGGGAGGACUUUCAUUGAGCCAUCUCAGAAGAUUAGGGACUUUGGUGUUAAGCUUAAACUAUCACCUGUGAGAGGAGUCUUGGAGGGGAAGAGAGUUGUAGUUGUGGAUGAUUCAAUUGUGAGAGGAACUACCUCAUCAAAAAUUGUUAGGUUGCUUAAGGAGGCUGGGGCUAAGGAGGUCCAUAUGAGGAUUGCUAGCCCACCAAUUAUAGCUUCUUGCUACUAUGGAGUAGAUACACCAAGUUCUGGGGAACUGAUAUCUAACAGAAUGAGCGUGGAGGAGAUCAGGGAGUUUAUUGGAUGUGAUUCGCUUGCAUUCCUGCCGAUUGAUAGCUUGAAGAAAUUGUUGGCUGAUGAUUCUCCAAAUUUUUGUUAUGCUUGCUUCUCUGGGAAUUACCCUGUUCAGCCAAAGGAAGUUAAGGUGAAAAGGGUCGGUGAUUUUGUGGAUGAUGGAUUGAAUGGAAGUCUAGCAUCCAUCGAUGGGGGCUGGGUGCAAACACCCCUAAAUCAGGAUGUGCAGAAAGUCAGUGAAAUCGGGAAGUAG